AGACCCAAUGGCUGGUGCAAGGUGGCCAGGAGCUCUGAAACGCGACAGAAGACGGUGGACGGAGGAGAGAAGAAGAAAAAAAAAUCUCAGGAGAGACAUUUCUGGAUGGACAAAGAGGAUGAGAGCGCCACGGGAGCGUCCAUAGGAAUUGCAGGGAGCCGUGGGGCUUUUGGUGUGCGUCAGUUUGUGUCUCGUCAAAGGAACUGCAUGGAGAGAGAGCGAGAGCGAGAGAGAGAGAGAGAGAGAGAGAGAGAGAGAGAGAAGCGGUAAGUGACUAGAAACACACGAAAAACACCUGCGUCGAGACAGGUACCUGCGAAGGACGUGUGAAGAUGACUUUCAGCUCACAAGUGGCUUAGAAGCAGCUGAUAGUUGGCGAUAUAUUUGGACAGAAAUCUUAAAGAUCUAGUGUGUCUUUCUAUUUUUAAUAACUGCCAAAGUUCAGACACUUUAGAUUUCAGCCAAUCAGAUCAUUUAUUUGGCUAUAACUUUUGGUCAGAAUAAUCAUCAAAACAGUAGGCCUACAAACUGACUUGCUCUAACACCACAUGAUUUGGAAUGGACCACGAUUUGACCCUCAUUCACAUGCUAUCAUACACCUGGAACUGGGGUAUCACUAUAGGUACUGUGAGCCACUGACUCCCGGGAGCCCCAACCCUCCUCAAUGAAGCAGUCCUGGUGGGCCCGCCUGGCACAGCUCGGCCUGCUUGCUGUGUGGACGUGCAUAUGGCUGGUCCAGGGAUGUGGACCGGGCCCUGGGCACGGCAUCCGCUCCAGGCCCAGGAAGCUCACAGCCAUGCACUACAAGCAGUUUUUCCCCAACUUCUCAGAAAACAACCUUGGUGCCAGCGGGAGAGCAGAGGGCAAGAUCACACGCAACUCUGAGCAGUUCAAUGAACUUGUGUGCAACUACAACUCAGACAUUGUCUUCAAGGAUGAGGAGAACACCAACGCAGAUCGCUUCAUGACCAAGCGCUGUAAGGACUGUUUGAACAGGUUGGCUAUCGCAGUGAUGAACCAGUGGCCAGGGGUACACUUACGUGUGACAGAGGCCUGGGAUGAGGACGGCCACCACCCUCCCGGCUCUCUGCACUACGAAGGCCGGGCCGUGGAUAUAACCACUGAUGAUAGAGAAACAGAGAAGUAUGGUCUUCUAGCCCAGCUGGCUGUGGAGGCUGGCUUUGACUGGGUCCACUACGAGUCCAAAUAUCACAUCCACUGCUCAGUAAAAGCUGAUCACUCCGUUGCAGUGGAAAAAGGUGGCUGUUUCCCAGGCUGGGCCCGGGUGACUGUUGCUGGAGGGGGGCAGAAGAGCCUGUCAUCUCUUGUUCCCGGGGACAGAGUCAUGGCCCUGUCUGGGACAGGCCAAGUCGUGUUGAGUCAAGUCCUCUUGUUUCUGCACCAGGACCAAGAAAGCUGGUCUGCCUUUCUGUCUCUGGAGACAGAAGAUGGCCAGAGAUUGGCCCUUACCCCACAUCACUUGGUCUUUUUAGCCCCACAUUGCAGACUCGACAGCAGUGAGUAUCAGGCUCAGUUUGCUAGCAGAGCCAAAACAGGAGACUGUGUUCUCAUCCAUACAGCAGAGGGUCUAGUACGUCCAUCGCGAAUCAUCUCAGUUUCAGUAGAGGAGAGUGUGGGAGUCUAUGCGCCCUUGACAGAAGCUGGAACUGUGUUUGUUGAUGGAGUGCUGGCAUCCAGCUAUGCUCUGGUGGAGGACCACAGACUUGCACACUGGGCAUUUGGACCUGUGCGACUCCUCUCCUCAUUCAGACAGCUACUUUGGGGGGACUGGGAGACAACAAAAGAACAGCAGAACACAGACAGUGAAACAGCUUGCACUAAGAGUCCAUUUCAUUGUAGCACUUUGGCCGCAAAGGACAAAGCAGGUUUAUAUGUGAAAAAUGGCACUCUGAACAAACAAGACAAUCUAAGUGAACCUCUUAGGACGGAAAUUAAAGAGAAGCAGACAUCAGAUGUGCAUUGGUAUGCUCGAUUACUGUACAGUUUUGGAUGUAUCUUUUUAGACUCCAACUCAUUUCAUCCUUGAAAGCCUAAAACUUUAGAGUCCGUACGUUUCGCCUUGUUCGAUGUUACAACGUUGAUACAUUUACACUAACACUUCCUGUUCAUUUCUUCAAAAGAAUUAAAUUACUGGACUGCCUUGCCUUCUUUUUUCACCAGUGUUUGCAUCAUAAUCUAUCAUAAUGAUAUACAUGCUUAUACUUAUGUGAUAUUUUGAAAGAGAUUGAGUUUGAUGAGACAAAUGAUCUGAGCAGGUUAAUGUAAAAAAAUGGUCAUGCCAAAAUGACUGUAUCAUAGUCUAUUUGUACAUCAUGUUAUUUCUUUUAAUUAUUUCAGUUAUGUGUGUAAAAAAUACAUUAUUCUAAUGAGAUAAGAAUGAAUUUUUCCCCACAACAAUAGAAUCUUUAUUUUUGUACUUUCUCAAUCAUAAUAUAUAAAUGUUUCAUUUUAUUAUAAUAAUUCCACUACAUAUAUUGUAUGUCCUCACAUGUUGUAAAACAAAUUAAAAUGUCAUUCUAGUAAGCAACACACUGCUUUUUCUUCA